AAGCGGUGAAAUCAGCUCCACAUUCAGCACACAGGGAGCUGCGAGGGGGCGUGCCGACCAAACCAACUCCGCUCUUUCUCCAGUUUAUCAUGGCUUAAAGCGUACCGAGAAGUCGAAGGAUUUUUUAGGUUGCUUUGUGAAAUUGUUUUGUUUUGGGAGAGUAUAAUAUCUUCGGUGUGGUUUAGGUUAUUUACAGCGUUUUACGAAUGAAUUGCAGAGUUUUGCACAUCUUGAACCCGAGACCGAUGCCAUCUCCCAUCAUGCCUGUGGACGUGGCCAUGAGAAUCUGUCUGGCACACUCUCCGCCCCUUCGCAGCUUCCUUGGUUCGUAUGAGAGCUGUAAGUCCAGAAACCUGGUCAAGUCCUUUAAACCACUGAGACCAUGCAUCAGUUCAAAAGCAAAGGUGGAGGCCACCAACCGUGGAUGGAAAAGUCCUAAAAGCAAAGCCAAAAAGAGAGUGGUUUUCGCCGACUCCAAAGGCAUGUCGCUGACGGCGAUCUAUGUGUUCAAGGAGUUUGAAGAUGACACGGUCUUGCCGCCAGACUUGCAGUUUGAAAUGUCCGACCUGGAGGAUGCCAUUGUGAGCCUCAAGGUGGGAAAGGAGAAGAGUUUUGUUUUGGACUUCCCCCAGCCUGCUGCUGACUACCUGGACUUUCGGAAUUGUCUCAAGAAGAACCUGGUGUGUUUGGAGAACUGUGUAAUUCAGGACAAAUCUCUCAUGGGCACGAUAAAAGUGAGCAACGUUAGCUUCGAGAAGUCCGUUCACGUCCGGAUAACGUUUGAUUCAUGGAAAAGCCACAAGGACGUUCCUUGCACGUAUAUGAACAAUGUUUACGGGUGUGCAGACAUCGACACUUUUUCGUUCACCGUCGAUCUGCCGAGUUCAGUGCCGCAUGAGGAUCAGGUGGAGUUCUGCAUCUUCUACAACACUCAUGACCAGACGCACUGGGAUAACAACAAUGGGAAGAACUACAAGUUGGCCCAUGUGGAUAAAGAAAGCAACCAGACCAAACAUGUCGCAGAGAAAACUGACUUUGAAUCCAGAAGCACCAACAAAAGGCCUGAGAUGGAGUUUGAUCAGUUUGGGAGUCCACGGACUUCUAGUGGUUUCUUUCCAGAAUGGCAGAGUUGGGGGAGAAUUGAGAACAACUCUCCUUAUUGGUGAGGGUACAUAUUGCUUCAAAAUGGCUGCAACAUUUUUUUUUUUCCAGUGUGGAAUCACUUGUAGGAGGAAACGAUGAAAAUGCACAAUUGCCCAAUGUAGUGAUUUAUUUAAAAUGUUUAGAAAAACGGCAGGAAAAGACAAAUUUAAAAAGUAAAACUCUGACAUGAAAUACUGAACCCAUCACAGUAAUAUUGGAUGUAUUGCUCAUGCAAAGAACUGUCCAUUGUAAAUUUUUGGGCAAAUUUUGAAGUGAAUUGACCUGUAGAUAUUUUGAGCCAAAUACUAACUAUGUUAACACUAUACGGCUGAAUCUGAUUAGCACAAAUCUUUCAGUGCACUAAAGCAUUUCCAAGGUCAGAAGUGCUCUAAAUCGACAAGUGUUAUGGAAUGGAGUUUUAUUGUGCCAGUCAGAUCAGAUGUUUAGAAACAAUUAUGGCAUUAUAGGAUUCUUCUUUUUAAGGAUAAAUUGCACCUCUAAAGCGUCACUGUUGUGCACUAGUUUCUAUUGAAUAGAAUUCCUAUGAGUUAUUGUGUUAUUGAUCUGUGUGCAACGUUGAAAGAAUGAACCCGUCUUCCCCGUGGCAACUGAAACACCGUGCAUUCUGUCAGGGAGAAGAGUCUCCUUCAUGCGCAUGUGGAUGUUUUCAUCAAGAACAGGGGAUUUUGCACUGUGUAAGAUGCCUUUAAAACAGUAUGAAAGUGGAAUCAUUCGGUACAACUUGAAGGUGCUUCAUAUUGAAGUUUAUGCAUUUCGCAGUACCAUUUUGUUGGCCACUUUGUAGCAGAAGCAAUAAUCUGAACCAGUGUAAAUCACGGGCGUUCGUGUAAUAUACUGCUGAUCAUUUAAACAUCAUUAUCCAUGCACCUUUUUCCUUCUUCCAUUCAGAUUAGAGCUCUGCUUUGCACAAACACUUCACUUUCUGCAAUGUCUCAUUUUCUCUGUUUGCUGCUGUUUUUUUUUUUUUUUUUCUUUGGAUCGUGUCGGUGCAUUGUUUCGUUGCUGUGAGAUGAAAUAAUAAGGCAUAUCGAAUGUUACUUAAUGUGUCGGUAAGUGUUAUAAUCCAGAUAUAAAUGUGUGGAUGAGUGGGGUAUUUAUGAGAUUAGUUAUUGUGUUUCUCAUGUUUGCUUCCUGUCUGCUGUUAAGGGUCAAAAAUGGUCUGGUCAAUGUGAAUGAUUGAUUGAUUGAAUGUGAAUCGUUUUAAUGCAAUUGGCUGACGUGUGUUAGCUACUGUUUAUUUUAGAGAUGGAAUGUGUAUGUUGAUUGUAUAAAAGGGCUGGUGCUUGUAUUUUCUACUGCAAGAAAGGGUCUCUGUCUACUUAUUAUUUAAUUCUAUGUUCCUUUUAGAAAGAAAUUGAAUAAAUGCAAUUGUUCUACUGUGAAA